AUGUCCGGUUGUUUACCAAUGUUCCUCAUCCAUAUGGCUCUCUUAACCACCCAUUCAACAGCUCGCACGCAAUUCCAAUCACACGCACGCACAAGUCACCGGAGACUAGUUACCGUCAACUACGCAAGCAUGCCUGACAUAAAAGGCAUUGUCAUCCCCGCUUGGAUGAACAUCAACAACAACCCUCUGCGCGAUAAGCCUUACGAGGUCAUCAUCCCUCGCGAGUGGUCCGCCGCUCGCACGAUUGAGUAUCUCCAAUUUGAAGUGUGUAUCAAGCAGGCGGUACUCAAUGAAAUAUCAUUCUGGCGCGACCACGUUCAGUUUGGAAGAAAAGAAUACCAACGCAUCAUCGAGCGCGGCGCCCUUCAUGAGCAACAGAUUCGCUUGCUCCAAGGUCAAAUCAAGAAGCUCAUGGACGAGGAGAACGAAAAGAUGAACAAGCUCAAAUCGGUCACCAUGAAUGACUUUAGCGCAUGA